CCCUGCUGUCGCCCGCUUCCUGGGUAAACGCUUUUCUUCAAAUCUUCUGACCUCAUCUUACUUUAAUUUUCUUACUUUAAUUUUUCAUUGCAUUAUCAAAGCUUAGGAUCCCUACUAGGCAUGGUAGCUUCAAUUUAGGGAUUCUUUGAAGUACCACAGAAGCAAAAAAGAGGCCCGUCUCUUACAUCAAUUCGACAUCCUACACCACAUUUCUUGUUUAAUAAAAUAUCUAAAGUUCGUGUUCGAGACCAUCUUCUAUUCAUUUCAAUGGACUGGUUGACUAUCUGUAUUGGUGAGAUCGUAGUUUUCAAAGCCUACUUCUUAUAUUACAAAAUUGCAGCUCUGCUCUCCAAAUAGCAAAGGCCAAGGGCUUUUUGACACUUGCCCAUACAUUUCUCGUUCACGUAUACGACAGUCUGCCAUCGGGCUAUUAACUCACCGAAAACCCACGAGAACUAGUUAAGCUAGACCCCGCAAAGGGGAAUCCCUCGUGCUUCUCCAGGUUUUAGAGAGAUCCGGGUAAUUGGAGUCUCCACCAGUGGUUGCAGUCGAGCUCUUUUCAAGCCUUAGUACGGUGUUAUUGAGUUAUUGAUAGUUAUGCUAUAAUUUAUGUACUAUAUUUAGUGACAGCAUGGUAUGAUGGGUACAUCUAACUAUAAGUAUAUAUGUAUAGAUUCUUGUUUCUAUAAUAAUUGUUCUCGUCGUGCAUUGUAACGAUGUUAAGACAGAUCUUUACACUCUUGCUAGUAGCCCUCCAGGGCCUACCAGCUACUUGCGAGAUUAACAGACGUAAAGUUGUUCGAUCGUUCAAUCCUCAUCGCAAUGCUAGCUCUAAGACUACUCCGUUGCAAGUUGGGAAUGGCAACUUCGCGUUUGGGGCGGACGUAACGGGUCUUCAGACUUUCAGCCCCUUCGCGACAAUGUCUACUUGGGGUUGGCAUAACUUCAGUCUUCCAACCACCACUGGCCAGACCUCGAUAGAUGACUUCACGGGCGUGGACUGGUAUACCCAUGGUCGACUAGUCAAUUACAACCAGCCCAACCCAGCACAGAGUGAAAUAUCCAACUGGUUAAUACAAAAUCCCCAACGUAUUAACUUAGGGACGAUUGGGCUCUGGUUUGGUGGAGAUAAUGUGACCGAGGAGCUGCUAGAAGACAAGUCUCAGAUACUCGACCUCUGGACGGGGAAAAUAUCAUCUUCUUUCACUUACAACAAGGCCCCUGUUGAGGUCGAGACAUGGGCAGAUACAAGUUCCGACACAGUCAGCAUUUCCAUAAAGUCGGAACUCUUCUGUACAGAAUCUGUGGGCAUAUUCUUCGACUUUCCUCUACCGACGCGGAACAAAUUUGACGCCCCUUUUGUUGGUGUUUUCAACGCUACCGAUCAGCACACUACCACACUACAGCACGGGAAAAACACAGCAACUAUUCGGCAUGAUAUCGAUGAUGCCUCGUACUAUGUUUCGAUAUCGUGGGAUUCUCCUGCUGAAAUUUCCGGGCCGAUUAAGGGGACUCAUCGUUACGUGCUAUAUCCAUCACGGGAAACUAAGAGGGUUAAGUUAUCGGUAGCCUUUUCUCUGGCUCCGAGUACGCAUAUACCGUCUUUCGGUCAUGUUGCGUCUGCAUCUACAUCUUGGUGGGAGUCUUUCUGGAACUCUGGUGCUUUCAUUGAUUUGACAGGAGUCAAGUCUCCCAAUGCCAUAGAAUUGCAACGGAGAACGAUAUUAUCCCAAUAUCUUACAGCUGUUAACUCGGCUUCCUCAUAUCCAUCACAGGAAUCUGGCUUGGUAAAUAACGGAUGGUAUGGCAAGUUUCAUCUCGAGAUGAUAUUGUGGCAUCUCCUCCACUUUGCUCGAUGGAAUCAAUUUCCAUUGCUAUGGCGUAGCCUCCCGACCAUGUAUUCCGAAUACUUGGGCUCCUCAAUAGAGCGAGCGACACUCCAGUACUACGACGGUGCUCGCUGGGGCAAGAUGACCGAUCCUACCGGAAGGUCAGCCCCCGGAGAAAUCAACUCGCUGCUUAUCUGGCAGCAGCCUCAUCCGAUGUACUUUGCCGAGAUCGAGUACAGGUCUUUCCCCAACGAGACAACACUAAAGUCCUGGGACAAGAUUCUCACUUCUACUGCUGACUUUAUGGCAUCAUACGCCUUCUUCAACGAAUCAACUGCCCUCUGCGAUCUAGGACCGCCUAUGUAUCCGGCCUCAGAGAACACAAACCCCAAUGCGACGAUCAACCCUGCGUUCGAGCUGGCCUACUGGCGGUUCGGUCUGGACGUCGCUAUCAAGUGGAAACAAAGACAGAACCAAACAGUACCUCGUAAAUGGAUCGAUAUACGAAACAAUCUAGCACCAUUACCUAUCGCGGAUGACGCAUUCGCCGUAUACGAGGGUAUUCCGAAUAUGUGGAACGACACCACCGUCCAAGACCAUCCGGCACUGUCUGCAAUAUUUGGCCUGCUCCCCCCGCCGAGCAGCGGGCCACCUCUAAACAUGACAAUCGUGAAGAACACGGCAGAUAAAAUUCGGGAUCUCUGGGACUUGAAGGAUUGCUGGGGUUGGGAUUUUCCGAUGCUGGCUAUGAACUCUCUUCGCCUCGGGGACAUUGAUCAGGCCGUGGCGUAUCUACUCCACCCCCUUUUCGAAUUCGACGAUGCGGGGUAUCCCGUUGGAGGAUCGCGGGUGCCGACCCCCUAUUUUCCGGGGUCGAGUUCGUUCUUGUUGGCUAUGGCUAUGAUGGCGGGGGGAUGGGAUGGUGAGCCUGGGAUGCAUUUUCCCGAGAGUUGGGAUGUCCAAGCUGAGGGUUUUGUCCCUGGUCUAUGAUUAUUGGGGUAGCUGAAAAGGGGUCGUGUAGGUUUAUAUCCUACGAAUCAAUGUCUUUUAAGAUAGAUCUACAUGGGUUUGUUCCCCUAUUAUAUAGGUAGAUUAUAUUGGGUGAGUGUAUAUGAAUGACAUUCCUGUGUACCUAGUUUGACACCAC